GCCAGCUCUAGGAAGAGUCCUGGUGGUUCCAAACUUCUUCCAUUUACGGAUGAUGGAGGCCACUGUGCUCAUUGGGACCUUCAAUGCUGCAGAAAUGUUUCUGUACCCUUCCCCAGAUCUGUGCCUCGAUACAGUCCUGUCUCGGAGGUCUUCAGACAAUUCCUUGGACUUCAUGGCUUGGUUUGUGCUCUGACAUGCAUUGUUAACUGUGGGACGUUAUAUAGACAGGUGUGCGCCUUUCCAAAUCAUGUCCAAUCAACUGAAUUCACCACAGGUGGACUCCAAUCAAGUUGUAGAAACAUCUCAAGGAUGAUCAGUGGAAACAGGAUGCACCUGAGCUCAAUUUUGAGUGUCAUGGCAAAGGCUGUGAAUACUUAUGUACAUGUGAUUUUUUUUGUUUUUUAUUUUUAAUAAAUUUGCAAAGAUUUCAAACAAACUUCUUUCACAUUGUCAUUAUGGCGUAUUGUUUGUAGAAUUUUGAGGAAAAUAAUGGAUUUAAUCCAUUUUGGAAUAAGACUGUAACAUAACAAAAUGUGGAAAAAGUGAAGCGCUGUGAAUACUUUCCGGAUGCACUGUAUGUAACAUUGGAUCAUUUUCGUCAAUAAAUAAAUGACCAAGUAUAAUAUUUUUUUGUCUCAUUUGUUUAAUUGGGUUCUGUUUAUAUACUUUUAAGACUUGUGUGACAGUCUGAUGAUGUUUUAGGUCAUGUUUAUGUAGAAAUAUAGAAAGUUCUAUCAUAUCACAAACUUUUGAGCACCACUGUACAUUCAUCACACCACAUCUACAUCUAUUAGCUCUAAUUUAGUUAUUAAGGCUAUUUAAUAGUUUAAUUUAGUAUUUUGUUGUUUGUACAAACAUCAAAAAAUGAUGUAAAGUGCUGGGGAAAAAACACCUGCUGUUACUUUGCGCUUUACUUUUUCUUUUCUUUUUUGAGCAAAACGGUUGCAUGAGCCACUGAAACUUACGAGGAUUUCCUGUUCCUGCCCCCAACGCAAGUAUGUACACACACACACACCAGUAGUGGAGUCAGUUUUAUUUCGGUACCGCGGGUGAGAAAGUCAUACGGAUAGUGAUGGACAAGUGGCUGCUGAAGCGUCACCAGAUUUUUGUCUACCUCAUCACCUUUUUAUCCACAGCGUUUGGCGAUAUGGUGCAUUUCCACGCACAUCGCAACUCCUCCAUCGAGUUCUCCUGCGUGCCUCCUGAAAGGUCCGAGAAGCCGUUUGCUUUUUCUCUGACUCGUGAAUGGCUUAAAAAGAGAGAAGUGCUGUAUCACAACUUCCUAGGGGAGCCCACUGUUAAAGAUAUCACAUUUAAGGAUCGCAUCUCGGAGACAACUGAACCCAAGAACCGAAGCAUCAACGUGAGCAUCACGCACUUGCAGGGCUACGACACCGACAUUUACAUGUGCAGGUUCCACUACAACAAAGCCACAGGCUUUAAGAACCUGUCGGGGAACAAGUUCAUCCUGUACGUCCAGGAUUACCAUAUCGAGCCGUGUAGCUGCUACAGUUACACACCACUACUGUUCUCUCUGUCUGCUGCAGCAGGACUGCUCUUCUUCAUCAUCCUCAUCCUCACUGCAGUGCACUGUAUGAAGCCAAGUAGAGGACAUCAGACCAAGCCACAGCUCUCGAUUCCCAUCUAUGAGGAGAUGAAUGGCGUGCGAGAGAAGAUGAACUCUCGCGUGCAGGAGGAUGACAUCUCAUCUCUCUACGUUCAGCCGAAGAAAGAGAAUCCCUACAUCAACUGAUAUCAACUAAGGUGUGACCUCUGACCUUUGAAAUCUCAAAUCUUUCUAGAGGUUAAUUCACUAAAAUGUUCAAAAAAAAUUCAGAAAUGUUUAUAUUUAAUCACUGAGCCAGACGCUUUGAGCUCUAGUAAGUUAAUAUGACAGUUGAUUAAUAAAUUAGUAACUAAAUUCUAAUAAAUCUUUUGAUUUAUAUAUACUAUUUAUUUAUAAAUAGAAUAUAUAAUUAAGUAUAUAUAAGUAUAUAUUUAUAUAUGUACUAUUUUAUAUUAUACUAUUAUACUUAAAUAUACUAUAAUAUAAUAUUAUACUUAAAAAACUUAUAAUAAUAAUAAUAAAGUUAUAUAUAUAUAUAUAUAUAUAUAUUGCACCUUUUAUACAUUUAAGAUGCAGCUCAGUGUGAAAAUAAAAAACAGAAAUAAUUAAACAAAAAUAUAAAUAAAAUAGUAAUAGAUGCUUAAAUGACCCACUGAGAUUUAAUAUUUAAUACCUUAUUAAAAUAUUUCUAUAUAUAAAACUAACACAUCCCCUAAUCCUAAUAUUUACAUAUUUUCUUUCUGAUAUUUUUUAAAAUGCAUUUUUCAUAUGUUACAUUGACAUUUUCAAUAUUUUGACAUUGUUAUUCAUGAAUUCUCAUAUGAUUUUCUGAAAAUAUAUAAUGAAGUACGUCAGAUACUGUUGAAAAAUGUAUCUUUUUUAAAAAAUAAUUGUAUGUUGUUUUUUUUUUCUUGUGCUGAAAAAAAAAAGUUCAGAGUUUCAGACCCGAGUGCAAAUUUUAGAAAGGUGAUGAAAUGAAAGUCGUAAACAGGACACAAGUGAGAGAAAAACUGAGUCACACCCAUGUGAAAGAACUGUGUGUAUGUUUGUGUGUGUGUGUGUGUGUGUGUGUGUGUUUUAGAUCUUAGUUCUAGUUUUCAUCUCAUCUAUUUAUUUACAUCCUUUCAUCUAAAAUAGCUUUUAUGAGCAAAUCGUUUUUAUCAGUUUUAUUAAGUUUUAUAUUUUAUUUGUGUUUUGAUGAUCAGAGCUGAAAAAGAGGAAAAAAAGAGGAAUUUUCGUAACAUUUCUGUUUUUCCUGUACUAGUGCUUGUGAAAUGAAUCUUGUGUAAUCGUGAACAGUAUGUUAUUCUUCUAUAAAUAUAAAAAGCAUUACACAAAUAAUAUCAACUUCAUUACAGAUCACAUUUUGUGCUUUUUCUGUCUGCAUUUGCUUUGCGUUUAAUCUUGAAGCUGAAUUGUUCUGCGCUCGAUUUAAAAAAUUAAAUAAAGGUUGUACUAUUAAUAAACCAACAAGUUUCUUAUUUAUUAAAAAACAAACAAACUUUUGCAUUCAGGUGAAAAAAAAAACUUUCUGUUAAUAACACUCAUUACCAAAAACAUCCCUUCAGUAAAGCUUCAGCAGGUCGAGCUUUAUAGUGAUUCUGUUAAAAAAAAAAAAAAAAAAGAUCCACAGAGCAGAACAGACUUAUAUCUCAUAC